GUCCCAACACCGGAGCGCGGGUCGCCCAGUACGAACGCAAAGACCCCUUGAAUUUCCUGUCGGCGGCGGCGGCGGCCAUGGAGGAAGAGGAGGAAGAAGAAGAGAAAGAGGCGGCGGCUCGGCUGGCGCGGGCGCCGUCCUUGUCACCAUGGGAGCUGUUCUUAUUGCCUACAGGAAUGGCUAUACUGGAAGUCCCUCCUACCUUCACCUCCUACUGUUCCUGAGGUUCCUCCCAACCCCCACCCCAUGCACAUGAAGGAAAGUUUCUCUCUGGCUUCUUGAUGAGCCCCCGAGAAUUUUGUUCCCUCCAAUCCCACAUUCCCCGGAAUUCUCAUUCGGUUUUCCUCUCUUCCGAAACACCCUUGGGGCCCACACUGCAAAGCCCAGCUCAGAGAGGGCACUGGGCUAUGGUUGCUUGGUCUGCAGCAGGAGAAACUGUGUUCUUCAUCUCAGAUAAACCUGCACUGAGAAGAAGGCUCUUUAUAAAGGGUGCUUUGGUUUGAUCCUGCCGUAGUGUUUCUUAGUACAUAAUUUGAGAAUCUAACCACCCUUUAAAAGAUGGAUUAAAUAGUACUUAUUUUCUGGCAACUUGGUCUCUCUAUCUCCCUCUCUCUCUCACUUAUUCUUAAUAAAAUAUUUAUUAGGAGAAAACAUAUAUAGCCCACAAGUAACUUAUAAUAUGUUAUAUGUACAUAGUCCACAAGUAAACAUAUAACCUCCUUAAGUGGACUUUUAAAAAAGUAGCAUUGGGAAUAAGUGUCAACUUAAUUUGUCUUUCAACUCCAGACAUCAUAUAACAGGUUUUUUUCAUCCUACCAGGCUGAUUUUAACACCAGCAUGUCUAGGGUGAAUGAACAAAAACAUAUAAGCCAUGAGGAUUUUGUGGACUUUUCUGAUAUUUACCACUCUAAUGAAGAGUAUUUCAGGAAACUAGAAGAGCUGAAGGCAGCCCACAUAGAAACUAUGGCAAAGUUAGAGAAAUUGUACCAGAAUAAAUUAAAUUUAAAGGAAAUUCAGCCAGCAGUCACCAGAGAAGAAACUGCUAGUGUCUCUUCCAGGUCUGUAUCAGAGAACUCCUAUCACCCUGUCUCAUUAAUGACAUCAAUUUCAGAACCUGAUCUAAGUCAGUCUUCCUCCUUGAUUGUGUCUUCCUCUGAAGAAGAGUUGCCCAGCUUAGAAAAAAAGUAUUCUGAGAAAAGCAGUAUGAUGACCUAUGCUAAGGAGCUCAUCAGCAACAUGUGGACAAACUUCAGUGUAGAAGAUUAUAUCCAGUUUGAAGAUGUCAGCCUGCCAGCACUUGAAAAACAAAGAAAGAAACCGAAAGAAUGGGUGCCAAGGAUUACAGUACCCGAGCCUUUUCAAAUGACAGUUAGAGAGCAGAAGAAAAAAGAAGAGAACAUGAAAUCGAAAUCAGAUAUUGAAAUGGUACACAAGCUGCUCAAGAAGCAAGAAGAGGAGUCAGAGUGUAAGAAAAAAUUCCGAGCCAACCCAGUUCCUGCGUUUGUCUUUCUCCCCCUUUAUCAUGAUAUAGUCAAGCAAAAUGAGAUGCGGAGGAAGGCUAUGAAGGAGAGAAACAAAGAAGCUCUUUUGGCCUCUCAGAAGCCCUUUAAGUUUGUUGCAAGGGAGGAACAGAAGCAAGCAGUUCGGGAAAAGCAGCUGAAAGACUUUUUUAAGUCUAAAAAGAAAACAAAUCGUUUUAAAGCCAGACCUAUACCUCGCUCUACUUAUGGUUCAACACUCAAUGACAAGUUAACAGAAGAAGCACUCUAUAAAAACAUUAGGGCGCAGCAGAGAACUCAAGACUUUUUACAGAAUCCAUCCCCUCUGCCUUACAGUCCGGCUCGCAGGAGUUUUGCUACAAGGAAGUCCAGGGGUCCUGAACAGGCUGAGAAGUCCAAGUAUAAACACAGGGUUAGGUGCCAGACUGCUGAUUCUGAAGGCCUACCUGAGAGGUAUCAGAAACACCACUCAGAACAGAAGUGUCCCAAAUUCCUGACAGUCUGUGAACCAUCUGACCUUCAGGCAGCCUCACAUUCAUCCACUAAAAGAGAGAAAAUUUUGGCAGACAUUGAAGCAGAUGAAGAGAAUUUAAAAGAAACACGUUGGCCUUAUCUGUCUCCAAGGCGCAAGUCACCAGUAAGGGAUACAAACACAAAGCCUGCACCCUGUAGCUGCAACCCUCCAACGCCCACAGUGUCCUCCCGAGGAAGAGAGCAAGCCACAAGGAGAUCACUUGAGGAAAAGAAAAUGUUGGAAGAAGAGAGACAUCGGAUCUUAACUAAGCAGAAGCAAAGAAUGAAAGAAUUGCAGAAACUCCUGACAAUCCGGGCUAAGGCUUAUGACUCACACGAGAGUUUAGCUCAGAUGUCUAAAUCCAGAAUAAAAGCUCUCAGAAAGAGUGAAAAGGAAAGGAUGAGAGAAUACCGACGAGAACUAGAAGAAAGAGAAGAAAAAUUAAAAAACAGGCCGCUGCUAUUUGAAAGAGUUGCUCAGAAAAAUGCAAGAACGUCAGCAGAAAAGCAUUAUUCUAACACUUUAAAAGCACUAGGACUAUCUGAUGAGUUUGUUUCAAAGAAAGGCCAAAGUGGAAAAAUAUUUGAGUACUUCAGCGAUCAAGAGAUGAAAAAUUUCACAGAAGAUAAAGAAAGCUUUAAUGAAGAAGAAAAAAUAGAAGAAAGAGAGAAUGGGGAAGAAAAUUAUCUUACUGAUACCAACAGUCAAGAUUCUUGCAAGGAAACAGAUGAAGUCAAUGAAGAGAAUGGAGAAGAGAAAUGUGUUGAAGAAUAAAACUGAGUCAAUUGGCAGGGUCGCCUUUCUGUGCCCCUGCUGUUGUUGGCAGCAUUGGGCAUCAGAAGCUGUGCUUGUGGUGUUAAGGACAUCCAUGAGAAUCCAUCAUUAUGUGCAGGACUCUUGAGCGAAGUCCUCAUUUGGCCUGAAAAGGUCAAAUCCAGCUAAUGGGUCAUUUGAUUGUUUAGAGUCAGCUUUUGCCCUCCAGUUUUUAUUUAUUUAUUUAUUUUUUGCCCUCCAGUUUUUAAAAUCACUAUAUAUGGUCUGUUUGCAACUUUGAUCUUCUGUUUUUAAAAAAUGUUUGAGAAUCACAGCUGUCACAAACUGAUUAGAUAUAAAAGUAUACAUCACUUCAUUAUUUAGGGUAGAAAAAUUGCUUAACAUUGAGAGUAGAUAGACGUAUUGACCUUUGGUGAUUUGUUUGGAAAAAGUGUUCUGGAAAGCAUGAAUUGAAAAAUAAAUAUUUUUAAAUUGUA